AUGGCAGCAGUAAUGGUUACAUCAGAAAUGCCAGGAUUAGGACACUGGGAAAACCACGUGGAGCUGAGAAUGCUGAAGUAUAUGGAGAACUGCCACUCAGGAGAAGGGACAGAAACGCUCAGGGUGCCAAAUUCUCCCCUCCCUCCCUCCCUCCCAGCCGAGCACUCGGGAGAUGCGCUGACAGAAGCUGCAGCCGUGGCCCCGAGCCAGCCCUGGGAAGGAGCGGGAGCUCGGCCGGCAGGGCUGCCAGGGCUGCCAGGGCUGCCAGGGCCGGCAGGGCUGCCAGGGCUGCCAGGGCUGCCAGGGCUGCCAGGGCCGGCAGGGCUGCCAGGGCCGGCAGGGCUGCCAGGGCCGGCAGGGCCGGCAGGGCUGCCAGGGCCGGCAGGGCUGCCAGGGCCGGCAGGGCUGCCAGGGCUGCCAGGGCUGCCAGGACUGCCAGGGCUGCCAGGACUGCCAGGGCUGCCAGGGCUGCCAGGGCCGCCAGGACUGCCAGGGCCGCCAGGGCUGCCAGGGCCGGCAGGGCCGCCAGGGCCGCCAGGGCCGCCAGGGCCGCCAGGGCCGGCAGGGCCGCCAGGGCCGGCAGGGCCGCCAGGGCUGCCAGGGCUGCCAGGGCCGCCAGGGCCGCCAGGGCCGCCAGGGCCGGCAGGGCCGCCAGGGCUGCCAGGGCUGCCAGGGCUGCCAGGGCCGGCAGGGCUGCCAGGGCUGCCAGGGCUGCCAGGGCCGGCAGGGCCGGCAGGGCCGGCAGGGCCGGCAGGGCUGCCAGGGCUGCCAGGGCCGCCAGGGCUGCCAGGGCUGCCAGGGCCGGCAGGGCUGCCAGGGCUGCCAGGGCUGCCAGGGCUGCCAGGGCCGGCAGGGCCGGCAGGGCUGCCAGGGCUGCCAGGGCCGGCAGGGCUGCCAGGGCCGGCAGGGCCGGCAGGGCUGCCAGGGCUGCCAGGGCCGGCAGGGCUGCCAGGGCCGGCA